AUGACAGGUUACUACUAUAUUAACGAAAUCUCGUUGAAGAAACCGCCCAUUCAACUAGCAUUUGAAAUCUUACGGAGAAAAAACUUCGAUACUCUGGUAGAAUUUUGCUCAACAGUAAAUGGCAAAUCCAUAUUCUUCAUCUUUGGCGACUCAACCGUUGAUCCAGGCAACAACAAUUACAUCCAGACCAUUCAAGAGAACCGAGCAGAUUAUAAGCCAUAUGGCCAGAACGGAUUCUUUGAGGUACCCAGCGGACGGUUCUCUGAUGGCCGCGUCAUCGUCGAUUUUAUCGCGGAAUAUGCUAAACUACCGAUAAUUCCUCCGUAUUUACAACCUUCUACUGAGUUUAUCAAUGGUGCCAACUUUGCAUCCGGCGGUGCAGGUGUUCUUCCUGAAACCAGCCAAGGACAGGUCAUUGAUCUUCAUACACAGCUCAAGUACUUUGAACAAGUGCAAAGCUCAUUAGUAGAAAAGCUGGGAGAUGGGCCAGCACUGAAGUUGAUAUCUGAGGCCGUUUAUUUCUUCAGUAUUGGAAGUAAUGACUACAUGGGAGGGUAUUUUGGGAACCCAAAAAUGCGUGAGACUUAUACUCCUCAAGAGUACGUAGGCAUGGUUAUUGGCAACUUGACACAAGUGAUUCAAGUAUUAUAUGAGAAAGGGGGAAGGAAAUUUGGAUUUCUGAGUUUGUCUCCAUUGGGUUGCUUGCCAGCCCUUAGAGCUAUGAACCCAAAUGCAAAUGCAAAAGAGGGGGGCUGUUUUGAAGAGGCAUCAGCACUUGCACUGGCUCAUAACAAUGCUCUCUCAUCUCUUCUCACCAGCCUAGAACACUUCCUCAAAGGCUUUAAAUACUCCAAUUCCAAUUUCUACACUUGGCUCAAUGAUAGAAUCCAACACCCUUCUAAAUAUGAUUUCAAGGAUGGAAUCAACGCUUGCUGUGGGACGGGACCAUAUGGGGGAGUCUUCAGCUGUGGAGGGACCAAAGCAGUGACUGAAUACAGCUUAUGUGACAAUCCCAACGAUCAUGUUUGGUGGGAUUCUUUCCAUCCAACGGAGAGGAUUCACGAGCAAUUUGCACAAGCACUUUGGAGUGGGCCACCUUUCUAUGUGGGGCCAUAUAAUCUAGAAGGGCUCUUCUUCGAGAAUGAAAAGCUCACUAUCUCGGAUAUUGUUGACAGCGUGGAUGAUGUGGGGCCCAGCAUCCUGGCCUAG